AUCCCAUCAGCAUAUAUGCUUUUUGUCCAGUCCUCCUGGCGUUUUUAGACAGUCUGUCGCAUCCCUUUUGCAAGGUUUCUGAAAAAUCCAGAGGAUGGGCUAGAUAUGGUAAGGUGAACCCCAAGUCCUUCCCCUGAGUACUGAAGGAAGGGAUACUCUUCAGAGGUGCCCUGUCUUAGGUGCUAGAAGGAUCAAACAUUUCUUGGAGUGGGAAGUGACAUGUCAGGGCAGUCUUGAUCCUAGAAAUGUCCAGUUUGCCCUCCUGGAGAUGAGCCUGAGAGGUCUUAAACAGCCUGAGUCCCCUGCUCUUUUCCAGCAGAUCUGGCUGCAGCCUCCAGAUCUGAUACUAAAGGGUCAUGAAUCCGAUUCUGGAGUUCCAGGGACAAGCUUUGCUGAGUCCCAGAGGUGCAGGCAGAAGGGAGGGGCAGGAACUUGUGGCAGUUCCCAGUGCAAACUCCCCUGCCCUGAUGCUGUGGUGCAAGUAUGGGGAGAGAACCGAAGCUGGAUGCUUGUGUUCCUUGACUUGGCCCCAGUGGGAUUCUCAGUCUCCCCACUCUUUACCAUAAGAAAUAGAAGUGCCAGCCUGAAGGGCCCUGAACUCAAAUGACAGCUCCUGAAGCAGCUACUCCCUGUGGAUAACUGUCACACAGGUAUCAUUCAUGUCAAGGCAAAUUCUGGCAUCUCCUAACUACCCCUUUAAAUUUCUAGUUUAUAUUAUUGCCCAUGUAGGACCAGUCCAGUCCAAACCUAUGGUUAAGGACCAUAUCUCUCAGAGCAUCUACUCCAAAGUAGAUCAUCUUGGGAACACUCUGAGUGCUCUGGGGAUACUGAAGACAGAUCCAUCCAGCAUGAUCCCAUGAUCAUAGGUCAUCCCAUGAUCAUAAGUCAUCCCAUGAUCAUAGGUCACGGUUCCAUAAUUAAAAAUCACAACCCAGGGUCACUGGAGAAACCUAGCCAAUAAGUCCCAAGAAGUGACAUGGCUGGGGAGGCAGACCUGGGGGUUUACUGAGGGCUUCUGCUGGUCUAUCUGGGGCUAAUCAUCCAGGGUGGAGUCCUGCUAUCACCAUCUGUCAUGGGUCAGGUGAGGGACCUUAUACAUAUGUCCAGAAGGUGGGCCUAGUAGCCCCCUCGUGUUUAAGCCCUUGUAUGGCUGGGUGUAUUGUGGCUUUGCUGUGAGUUUCUCAAGCCUGAGAUAUGACUUGCCCAUGAAUUAUCUCCAUAUUUGAGGCUGGGCCAGUUAGUCAUGGCCAGGCCUGUGUGAAGUUUUCCACCUUAGCUCCCCUACCCCCAUUCUGAUCCCCUACCCAGGUCACCUGCCCAGAUCUUGAGAACUUGAGCAGUUUUGCCACAACCCUAGCUGAGAAUUGUCUCAGCUCCCAGCAACUUAGGCCUCAUUAACAACAUGGGUCCUCUCAGGUCUAAUAUAUCCUCCCCCAGAAUGCCUCACCCUAGCAGUGUCCUUAUAUUCUAUCUAUCACCACCCCCCCAACCUCUUGGGAUCUAUAUGAGUUAUAUAUUCAAUCCCCCUACUCCAGAUCUCAGCCUGUAAACCACGUCCUCUUUAAAAGACUCCAGACACAGCCCAAACAGACUGUCACCAGAGACCCUACCCCCCUCAGCAACCUAUGGCUGCUAGCAGAUCCUGUAGAUACCCAGAGAGUCCCAGACUUCCACAGAUCUCCUAGGAUCUGCCCUCACCUACAGUUCCAUGCCACAGACCCUUGGAGGCCUCAGACUACAGAUAUGGAUGGGCCAUGAGGGAGCUUUCCUUCUCUAACCUUUUGGCCUGUCUCAUGAAUUCUAGACCCUUCUCCAGCUUCACCACCUACUCCUAUACCACUUUCCUUCUACCUCUCUAUUCCUUCUAAGUCUCUAGCUUCUCCAAGGUAGGGGGUAACAAACACCUACCUUAUGGAUUUAUUGUGAGGAUGACAUUAAUAAUCUGAGAAGUACUUAGUAGAGUGCCUGACACACCUCAAGCCCUGCCUAUGGCAGCUAGUUGUUGAUUACAUGAUUUCUCUGGGUACCUUUCCUCCACCACCACCUCCCGCUGGCUCACCAGGUCCAAGUCUGAGCUCAUCCCUCCUUUACUCCACCCAGCUCUAGGGCUUCCUGCCUCUAGCCAAUACCCACAGCCAUCCAAGAUCCCUCCUUCUCCCUCAAUUCUGUCCAGCCAGCCUCCAAUUCCUGCCACUUGAUUCUCUUCUAUAUCCUGGAUAGUUCUCAACUUGAUUUUUAUUCUCCCUGCCCCCUACUGUCGUUUCUUCACAGCCUCUUUUGAAGGGGCUCUUGCCCUCAGGAUGUCCUCUGCAAUCAGCUUUCCACUGAGGAGCCAAGGGUUCUUCCCAAAACGCAGAACUGCACCCCUCUCUCCUCCGUCAACGUUCUCCACCUCCCUCCCCCAUGGCUACUAGAAUGGAACGCAAACCUCCCUGUGCACCUUUGCAUCAUCAGCUGGUCUUCCCCUCUGGCCCCUUCACCCGCAACCCCUAUGGCGAUGGGCAUUUCUCCCCUAACGGCCUGUAGGAAUCCUCCUCCUCUAGGAAUCUUCCCUGUCCACCCUCCCCAGACCAACCAGGCGCCCUCGCUUGCUCUCUCCCUCCCGGCCGAAGUGUCCUCUUGAGACCCGGCCCACAGCCCCGGGCUCGGGAGGGCCUCCCAACUCGUCAGUCCUCGGGGCUGCACGGCCAGCGCCCUCGGCCUGGACUGGGUCGGUUGGGUUCACUGCGGUCCCCUCCGGCUUCAGCGCGGGGCUGGCUGCUGGGCGGGUGUUUUGAAUGAGUGUGUGAGUGAGUCAAUCAGGAGUCCUCACGGACCCUGCAGACUGGGCGGAAGCCCAGUGGGGCCGCCUCCCGGCCGCUCCCCUGCCCCCGCGCCGGCUCCAGUGCGUGGCGUCUCCCGCGGGCCGAGAAGUAGCUGCAACUGGGAGACCCCGAGCCGGGCCGGCCGAGGCGCCCGCCGCCUCCUUCCGCUCGGAUCCCGCCGCCUCCGCCCCCUGCCGCCCGCUCUUUGUCUCCCGGCGCCCGGCUUCCCCGCCACGCGCCCCCGCACGCCCCUUCCCGGGAACCCCCGUCGACCCCGCGGACGCGACGCUGAGCGAAUCCGUCUCCCAGGCCGAGGCCCCGACCGGCCGGGCCGGCGGGGGCGGGGCGGGAGGUGGCGCUCCUCCGCUCGCGCGCGCGCUCGCUCCCUCACGCUCUCUCACACUCACACACUCACACACACUCACACACAUACGCACACGCACGCACACACGGAGCAUCCUUCCGUCAGGUCUCCAGGUCCAGCCCCGCCCGCGCUCCUGCUUCCUGCAAACCUUCCUCUGCCCCCAAACUGCCCCCGCUCUCCUUUUCUCUCCGGCUGCGGGACCCUCCCCGCCGACCCUCCCCCCCCACCCCGGGAUGGAGCAUGUUGAGCCAGCCCGGAGCCCCCCGCGGCCGGGGUGACGGUCCCUCGCCCCUCUCCUGCCCGGCCCCCGCCUUGAGCACUAUGGGCCUGAGGGGUUCCCGAGGCGCCAGCCACUGAAGAUGACCGAUGCUAGAGCUGUCUUGAGUCAUGGCUUCUUCAAAGCUCCGAGAACCCGCAGAUGAGGUUUUUGAUCUGGACUUGGCUGUGCCAGAGACCGCCAGACUGGACAGCAGUUUACACAAGGCCAGGGCCCAGCUGCUGGCCAAGGGCCGAAGACACCGGCCAUCCCGCUCCAGGCUUCGGGACAGUGCCAGCUCUGCUGAGGAUGGUGAAGGUUCCGAUGGGCCUGGAGGCAAGGUGACCGAUGGCUGCGGGAGUCCCCUGCACCGGCUGCGCUCGCCUUUGCACUCGGGCCCUGGCUCCCCGGGCGGGGGCUCUUUCUGCCUGGAGCCUCCUGGUUUGCGGCGCAGUCUGGACGAGGACGAGCCGCCGCCGUCGCCGCUCACACGCUACCGGCCCCUGCACAACGCGGCCUCUCACGAGGGCCUGGCUGCCGCCUCCAGCUCGCCGCCGCGCUCCGCACCCUCCUCGGACAGCUCGCCCAGCUUCGUACGCCGCCACCCGCGCGCGGAGCCGCACAGCGAAGAUGACAGCCGGGAUGCCAGCCCUCCUGAGCCUGCCAGCCCCACCAUCGGUCUGGAUAAGAAGACGCGCCGGAAGUUUCUGGACCUGGGGGUCACCCUCCGCCGAGCAUCCACUGGCAAGAGCCGGAAGGAGAAGGGCAGCAACCGCCUGUCCAUGGGCAGCAGGGAGUCGGUGGAAGGGUCUGGCCGGUCAGGGGCCUCCCCGUUCCUGCCCUUUUCCUGGUUCACAGACAGCGGCAAGGGCUCAGCGUCCUCAGGCAACGUCACUUCUCCUGCCUGCUCCCCUAAACAUGAGGGGUUCAGUCCUAAGAAGUCAGCGUCACAGGAAUCCACCCUGAGUGACGACUCCACGCCCCCCAGCAGCAGCCCCAAGAUCCCGAGUGGUCCCCGGCAGGAGGCCAAGUGUUCCUACCCCUACCACACGCUGUCCCAGUCUUCAGAUGAGUUCCUGGAUGAGCCCCUCCCUACUGUCCAGCACUGGACCAGCCAGCAGGUGGGCCAGUGGCUGCAUAGCCUCAAUCUGGAGCAGUACGCCGCUGAGUUUGCGGCCCGGCAAGUGGACGGGCCACAACUCCUGCAGCUGGACGGAAGCAAACUGAAGAGCCUGGGGCUCAGCAACUCGCAUGACCGGGCGCUAGUGAAGCGGAAGUUGAAGGAACUGGCAGCAGCUGCGGAGAAGGAGCGCAAGGCCCAGGAGAAGGCUGCGAGGCAGCGGGAGAAGCUGCGGCGCCGGGAGCAGGAGGCCAAGAAGAGCUAGGGGCGGGCAGGGUGGCACUGGCACCUGGGUGCGGGCAGCCACCAGGCUCAGCGGGCACAGGCCUCACCAGGGGGGUGGGCCUGGGUGCCAGGCUUGGGCUGGCCUAGCCCCACACUCUUGGGGGCACGUGCCCUCUCUCACUCUGUCUGGACCCAGAGUCCCCGGGAAGGGAGACCCCAGGGAGAGGGCCCAGUAAUAAAUCCGAUUCUGAGGACUUGUUUGGCACAGAGUUCCUGGGGGAGGCAGGUAGCAGCUGAAGGGAAGAGGGACAGAGAGGCCAGGGCUGAAGUUAAGUCCAGAAGCCCAGAGGAGCCUGGGUCAGGCUGGCCCUAUGUCCUCAGGCCAGGGUGGUGCUGGGUAUGAAGGUGCCUGCCUGCCUCCCAGAGGCCCUGCACCUGGGAGGGUCUUCAGGCUCAGAGGGUAGUCUGGGCAUCUCAGCAGGGGACAGAGCUGUGCCUCUCCAGCUCUUCAAGGUGGCUGUGUUGGGGGAGAGCUGUUCUGCUCCCCAGGUAGAUCAAUGAGCAUUACAGCAAGUCGCACUCAGGGUAGACUCCCAGCCAACUCCUCAACAGGAGAGCAGAGAGAGCAGGAAGAGAUACGUGUGGCCUCUGCAAGGAUAGGAGAAGACAGGACAAAAAAACCCUUCUUUCUCCUGCCCUGUCCUGUGAGUCCCAAGGCAAGGACAGCAUCCAGGCAGCCUGUCCCUUCAGGGCCUAUUCAAGAGCAGGACUCUCACCUGCUCUCCAGCCAGGACUCCUCCUCCUCCUGCUCCCUCAGAGAGCACUUGAGCUCUUUUGGGGGGCAGAACACACUUGGAAGCAUCAGGGACAGAGCCCUCCCGGUGCCUUGGUGCUGCUGAACCCAUGGCACUUCACCCCAGCCGGCAGAGGCAAAAUCUGGGGUUCACCUGGAAGCUGCUGGAUGGGAAGGGUCCACUGGCUUCCUCCAUCAGCCCCGGCCACUGUGAGGAGCUCAGGGCUCUAGACCAGGCAGGGAGCACAGGCUGCAGCUCACAGGCUGCAGGGAGGGCCAGGAACGACCCCCCGGGUGGGAGUGGUGUCUGUCAUUUUUGGAAAAUAUCCAGAGACAGGUUGUCCAGGUACCAUGCUGGCCAGCAGCCAGCCCAGCUUCUGAGGCCCUGGUUAGAGCUACCAAUGGAACCUGGGGCUUUGGAUUAGAAACCCUUCCCCCUACUGUCUGCCUGGAGAGGUGGACAGGACCAGUGCAUGCUGACCCCUCACUCCUCCCCGGGGUCUGUGGCUCCAGGCCAGGGCCCCCUCCCUGGGACCAGCACUUUCCUCCCCUCUGCCAUUUGGGCUGGGAGUGGGGCUCCAGAGAGAAAGGGAGCAGCGGGGGCACCCCUGGGCUUGGCAGAGGGGCUGGUGGGGAGAUGGGAAGGCAUGCGUGUCCUUGAAGCCAUCAGGAGCUAUAGUGGGUGUCCACCUGCAUGUGAAGGGGGGAGGCGGUUCUCAAUUUCUUUCAAUAAACAUUUACAAUGUG